CUGAACUGACCUGAAUGAAUCAUUCGGCACACCUCCGCUAUUUCUACGAAUGAACGGGCAUUACGAAAAGGUAAGCCGAACGAAAAUUACGGGAAAAUCACAUGCGAACAAAAAUAAUGAAAAAUGGAUGAAUGUCAAAAAUUUGCGUUCAAUUUAGUGGUAAAUGGACACAACCUGGUCAUAACAGGUCAAGCUGAAACUGGAAAAACAUUUUUAGUAAAGAAUAUUGUAAAACAUUUGAGACAUAAACUACAGAAAAACGUUUAUAUCGUAUGCUCAACUGGAAUAGCUGCAACACACUAUGGUGACUUAGGUGCGCAAACUCACCAUAAAUGGUCGGGUAUUGAAGAUGGUAGAAAUUUGAAUGAAGAAAUUAUUCAUUUGGUUAAAACUGACGAAAGAUUUCAUUCUGUUAAAAACAAUAUCGAAACUGUUGAAACUUUAAUAAUUGAUGAGAUAUCAAUGAUCAGCGCCAAAGUACUUAAUCAAGUUCAACUAUUGUGUAAACAUGUAAGAAUUUCAACAGCUGCUUUUGGAAAAAUUCAAGUGGUUUUAGUGGUAGAUUUUUUUCAGCUGCCCCCGGUAUCAAAUGAACUUUUCUGUGAUCCUGGUAAUUUUUGCUUUAGCUUGCCCUGGUUUGAACAUUUUUUCCCACACAAACUCAACAUGUAUGUCAUUCAUAGGCAGGAUGACCCAAGCCUUAUUAAAUGCAUAAAUGAAUUAGAAAAGGGCAAUCCUUCGGAUGAAACCAUAACAUUUUUGAAUUCUUUGGACAGGCCAAUUGAAGAUGAAGAAUCGAGUAUUCAACUUUUUGCAAGAAAUCUGGAAGUGGACCUUUUUAACUACAAUAAACUGCAGUUCAUUAAUGGUGAGCUUAAAGUUUACAAGGCCGUGGAAGAAGGUUCACAUCAUUAUUUAAAUAAGUUUUUAGCGCCAAAAAAGUUAGGACUUAAAGUUGGUUGUCCAGUUAUGUUGGUAAAAGAUCUUAAUGAUGUUUUGGUUAAUGGCCUUCGUGGCAGUGUUGUAAAACUUAAUAAUGAAUCUGUAGAUAUAAAAUUUGUUCAAGAGAAGAAAAACAUAACAUGUAAUAUUUCAGCAACUAUUUUUACCAUAUUUGAUCCUGUUGAUAAAGUAGUUAUAGCAAAAAGAGUACAACUCCCUUUAAAGCUUGCCUAUGCCAUAACAAUUCAUAAAUCACCGGGUAUGAGUUUAGAAAAAGUAACUGUAAAUUGUGAGCACUGCAUUCAGCCGGGUCAACUUGGAGUUGCUGUAGGAAGAGCAAUGUAUGUAGAAGGUUUAAAGGUUGUAAAUUUUACUAAAUAUUUGUGCAAAAAACAUCCUGCAAACGUAUCCAAAUUUUAUGACAAUAUAUCCAUAGGUACUGUGAGGAAUGAUUUAACGACACUGACGUUGAACCUUACGAUGAUGGAAAUGAAAACAAUGAUCAUGAGUGUGAUAAUCGUUCAUAUUUUAGGACCAAGUAGUCAGAUGUUAACUUCAAUUAUGUUUUACCUCGAGAAAAAGUUUUUUGAACAUUUGUCUGAACAUUUAAAACUUUCUGACCCUGAGCCUCUGAGAAAAAUAUCUGUCGAUGAUGUACUAUGUUCUUCUGGAAGAGGAAAAAUUCGAUAUGUUAGUGGAUAUGUUAUAGCGAAAAUUAAGCAUAAUUUAUCAAGAAAGAUACGGAAUGCGCUAUUUGUGCCUGGAAAAGAGGAUAUUUUGUCAACUUUUCAGAAUCAGAUGGAUAUUUUGAAUUCCUUAUGUUCUUCGUAUGAUGAAUUAAGAGACGUGUCAAGUGAUAUGGACAGUUUGGAGGAGAUAAAAAGAAAAUAAAAUGUGAGAGAAGGUUUGACCAAUAUUUCAGAUCUGACAUUUCAAUUUUUUUCAAAACUAGAAUUAUUAUGUCGUGAAAAACUUACACAUACAAAUUUGAUAAGCAUUGGUAAGCAUUUAUUCAGUAUUUUUCUUAAAAAUCUUCUAAAUGAUACAGAUUUAUUUCAAACUUGGAUUAAUUGCAAUCGUGUAUAUAUUGAGGGUGAAGAUUGGGUAUGUUGUGACGUGUGUUCCUUGUUGUAUCACAGAGAUUGUGUACAGCUGCAAGAUGAAGUUCAAUGGUCAAGGCUGAAAGAAGAUGGAGAGCCUUUCACAUGUCCUAUGUGCAUAUAG